AUGAACGACUUGCAGUUGAUAUUAAUGCUGAAUCUUACCCCUCUUUUCUCCAGCCAUUCUCCCUGUCCUGUCACGCAUCCUUCCAACCCUUAUAAAGACAGCAAACCUCCAAACAAUCGCCUGAGUGUGGCUGUGAAGGCUCAGCAGAGGCACCUGCCCCGAGGAGCCAAUGACGACAGAAGCAGGCCUUCCAAGGGCAAAGAAGAGAGAGAACCCAAAGAGGCUGCCAGCAAAGCAAAGGAUGAUGAGAACAAAGGAGAUGUCCAGAAGAAGGAAGCAAAGAGGUUUGAUGGGGCAGGAUAUGAUAAACACCUUGUGGAAGCUCUGCAGAGGGAUAUUAUAUCUCCAAAUCCAAAUAUUAAAUGGGACGACAUUGCAGACUUGGAAGAUGCAAAAAAACUCCUCAAAGAAGCAGUUGUGUUGCCGAUGUUGAUCCCAGCAUUUUUGAAAGGAAUACAGAGACCCUGGAAGGGUGUACUUAUGGUGGGACCUCCAGGCACAGGGAAAACACUUCUGGCUAAAGCGGUCGCCACUGAAUGUAGAACCACGUUCUUCAACGUCUCCUCAUCGACUCUGACCUCUAAGUACAGAGGAGAGUCUGAGAAGCUGGUUCGUCUUCUUUUUGAAAUGGCACGUUUUUAUGCUCCCACCACGACCUUCAUUGAUGAAAUUGACUCGAUGUGCAGCCGCAGAGGAACUUCAGUGGAGCAUGAGGCCAGCAGGAGAGAGCUACUUGUGCAAAUGGAUGGUGUUGGUGGAGCGUCUGAGAACGACAACCCUUCAAAGAUGGUGAUGGUCCUGGCUGCCACCAGUUUUCCAUGGGACAUUGACGAGGCUCUGAGGCGGCGCCUGGAGAAGCGGAUCUACAUUCCUCUUCCUUCAACCAAGGGGCGAGUGGAGCUGGAGCUGGCCAGCGACGUGGACUUGGACAAGAUCGCAGAGCAGAUGGAGGGUUACUCAGGAGCUGACAUCACUAACGUGUGCAGGGAUGCAUCUCUGAUGGACAUAAGGCGAAGGAUCGAAGGCCUCACACCAGAAGAGAUCCUGAACAUUUCCCAGGAUGAGAUGCACAUGCCCACCACCAUGGAGGACUUUGAGUCUGCUCUGAGGAAAGUGUCCAAAUCAUUUUCUGCAGCUGACCUGGAGAAGUACCAAAAGUGGAUCGAAGAGUUCGGCUCCUGCUAAUAAGUUUCAGUGAACAGUUUAGUGUGUGGGUGAUCUCAUUCAAACAGCAAAGAUCUGUGUUGUACUUACACAAUAACCCCAGCAAACAGAGCAGAGAGUUCCUCAUGCUCACAUCCAGCCCUGCACACUGAUCUGCAUCUGACCUCAAAGUCUUCUACUUUGAUGAUACAUGCAGAACAAAGAGAAGCUGCACUUAAUGUAGAUAAGAGCAGAGUUUUUAUUCAGCUUCUUCUUCUGAUUGGCCUCUCUGUGCUUCCUUCCCUUUCACACCCUCAAACAGCUCAUGCGCGUUCAUGAGCGUGCUCGUGCGUGUGUGGUCGUGCGUGAUCUAACAAUCGACCCCCACUCAAAGCCUUAUACCCGACAGCUUAGCGGCAGGUUACUAAUGUGAUUUUUAAUGAAAGUAGGUUUUAAAAUGUACAGCGUACAAUGUGGAGUGGUACAAUGUUUUUUUUUCAAUGUUAAAACAUGGGUCGUAGGUCGUGUGAUCAGCUGACACUGUGAUUUUUGUUGUUGUUCAGAUGAAUGUGCAAAGGAUCAUGGGAGUUCUCAUUUCGGCAUUUAUGUGUUUAGUUACAGAGUUAUCAGCUAUGUUUUGCUGCUCUCAUUGAUAUUAUUAGUUUGUUAUUAUUUUUAUAGUUAAACGAACUUAAAACAAAAAGUCUGCAUCAAUGGAAAAGUCGAAAUAUAUAGAAGGGGUGAUGAAUUUACUACCAAGUCAAAUUCUGUUUGUUACCUUUUACUACCUUUUACCACCCCACGGAAACCCUGAAAACAGAAACCACCCAGGAAACACAGAAGUCAAGCAAAAACACACAUUCAAAGUAAGAGCAGAAUGCACAACGGUGACACAAAAUGUUACCUGUUAAAAAGUUCAACACAAGAUUCCGUCCCACAGACGGGCCCAGGCUCCUGCUGGGGUUGUUGUGUCAUGUUCAGGAACUUUGGUCUCUUCCAGGUCCAAAGUUGUGACCAUGGGAGGCUGAGGAUUGGUUUGGCGAAGCUCUGACAAGAGCUUCAUUGCUUGUAACAUCUUUGCAUGCUUUAAAAAGUGAUUCUUGGCUUCUGCAGAGAGCUCUGUGUGGUAGCGGUCGAUGUGCCGGUCCAAAUGUUUCCCGGGUACAUAAUUGCACGUGGGAAUGGAGCAAGGGCAACACCUCACAUUUAUCCGCCCUUUGCACAAAUUGAUCAAAAUUUUACGCUCCUCACGGUUUUUGAUUUUAUGGGUGUUUUUCAAAUGUUUGCCCAGGUUGCCGACAACUGUGUGACAGACCACACACGAGACUUGGUCUUCAGAUGCAGACAUGGCCUACACUUUGCACUUUGUGUAGGUUUCCACACCGUGGAGCUCGUCCUGACGCUCUCAAUAACUCCCCCGUUGUUUUCCAUAUUCGUGCAAAAAGAAAUCCACAGGACCACUUGUAAACAUUUAAAAACGUUUACUUAAACUAAAACACAAAUUGGCAUGUAGCCUGGAGUAGCCAGGAAUCGAGCCGCUGACCUUCCGAUCAGUAGGUGACCUGCUCUACCUACUGAGCUACAGCCACCCCCACCCUUUAUAUGAAUACUUUUCAAAUUAUGAUAUGAAUUUCUAUAAACAGUUCCAACCUUUGGACAUGCUGGGCAUACUGCCCCAUCAUCAAAUAGGCUACAACGACCAGUUAAGCUUCUGCGUCUGGAGAGGUAGUGACCAAACUGGGAAAUUGACUCUCCCUCCAGGUCCCUGUACAGCAUGUUAACCUACAGUAGAAACAGUAAAAGUGCUUGAAAAUGUUUCAUUUCUCAGAUAAAAAGCUACAUUUACAAGCGAAACCCAAGCAAGUGGGCAGCAGAAUAUUAAAGACCAUUUAAAAAAUCGUCAACUGUCUUACCAAGAUAAUAAUGCUUUAAUGGUUUGGUUAAUAUGAUCAAUAUGCAACUAUGACAUUGAGCAGCUGCCAUAACUGUUAAUAUAAGCAACACCACCAAGGAAAUAAAGUAAAGGCAAUGCUUUACACUUUUGUUCUGUGUGCCAAACUAGUCUCUAUAUUUGAAUAUUUUUGAGUAACCAAUCAAAUUUUAAAUCCACAAUUAACUGUAAACUUAUGUUGAAAACUGCAAUAUUAUUAUAGCAGAAAUUUUCUGUUUUGUUAUAUAAACACAAACAACUAUAGUGAAACAGGCAGUAACAAUAUGCAUGAUUAAUUAGUAUUACAUUAUGGAAAUCAUUUGAGAACGCCUCCGAGAAUGAUGACCAUAAAUCCACUCCAGUUAAUAUGAGAGCAUGACUGUGAAUUGUGCAGAAAACUAGGACUCUUCAGUCUGAAACAUAUUUAAAUACACAGAAAUGUUGUGAUUCUUGUUAAGCUGUAUGAUCAGAAUUAUGUUCUACUUUGGAAUCACAAUCUUUUGUCCUCAUUUGCUUGAUGAACUGCUGACAUUACCUGCUCUUGAAUGAAGGAAGGAAAAUCUCAUUUUUGUUACAGAAACAGCAAUUUAUAACAAUCUCUGAUAUAGCAGAAACAGAAUUAUUGCUCAAAUAUCAGGUUGAAAUUGUUUAACAUUACCUCAGGAAAUGUCAGAUUGUUUUUCCAACAAUUGAUGAGCUCUGAAACCAAACUGAUUUUCUGAUGAUUUAUUGAAAGUAAGAAUAUAACCUUUGCAAAGGGAUCAAUACAGCAUGAACAGCCUUUGCACCAGCAUUGACCGAAGCACAGAAUAACACCCAUUCCUAUGAAAUUACAAUUACAUACCAAAGAAGUACACAGAGGUUAUUUGAGUUCAAAAACAAAUUUUCCAUUACAUUUCCACCCUUUUGAUUAUUUUUAAUCAUCUUAUAAAAUUUGGCCUUGGCCUGAAAGGGGCAAAUGAGUUAGGAUUGUUUUAAAGUGUAAUGUAUGAAUAUCCUGUGCGAAGAAGAUAAGAUGAUGCACUCACUCCAUCUGCCAGGGCCGUCCUGAUGAGGGUGAAGUUAAUUUCCCCCUUUAGGCCCAUUUCGUCCCACGCCAUCUGGAGGUACCUGUUCACGUUUUU